AUGCAAUUCAGCAUCGCUACCAUUCUCGCGCUCAGCGUCUCCACCCUGGCAUCCCCGACUCCUCAAGUCAAGCCCAUCGACCCGGAAGACAUUGUCAUCUUUGACUUCUCUGCCCGUCACCAAACCGAUGGUUCAGUUGACAGUGUUGGACUUCAUUUGAAUGGCCACGAUGAGCAAAAUCUUUACUGUGGUCAAACCGGAGAUGUUGUUCUUGGCGAGAAAUAUGCUUGCGGUGACAGCAAGUACAGCUUCGCCCUAGUGAAAGGUGUCUAUGAUACUUGGGGGGUUCGAAUCUUCCACCGAUGGGGCGUUGCGAGUGGUGCGUCUGGGUACCGUGAUAUCCCUACUUACUGUCAUGGCGGUCCGUUGGGGUCUACCAUCUGCACCUUGCAGACCGUUGUCAGUUUAUACAUUGACAGCACCCAGAAGGAUUGGUAG